GUGCAGUCUAUGUCACUUUCUUUUUUAAACACCGCGGAGGUUAGAUGGUGUAAAACUUUUUUAAUGAAAUUAAAAACUUUUUUGUGUCAAUGUGGUGUCUGACGUUUGCAGACUAAAGAGUUUUUAUUCGUUUUAGUUUUUUAAGAGCAUUGGAUUUGCAAAAUGGGUACCAUGACAUCCCAUCUCACGCAGAUCAAGAUCACAGGGCUCCUGCUCCUAAUCCUCAUCCACAUCAGCACCUCGGAGCCCGCGAAGACCAACGCUCGGCCUGUCCAUGAGAUCAUCAACGAACAAGCCCGAAGCGACGACAAAACCCGGUUCGGUACCCCCGGGACUUUACCCUACGGGAAUCCCUUAGCUGGGAACUCCCUGAAGAACGCCAGACUACACGCGGCGAACCAACAAGCGAUGUUCAACGCUGAAAGAGUGAGACAACACAGAGCACAACUCCAAAGAUGGACGAAGGCACCUCCUCAAGUCGAUAGCUACAUGAGAGCCUAUCAGGAAUCUCAAGAAAGCCAUCAACUCGCUCUAGAACAGCAGCAGGCCAAUUUAAGAGACAAAAAAGUCGCGAAUCCUGAUGCUAAACCAGCAACUAAACCUAGAGUCACUGUUACCAGAACUCAAACUCUAAAACGAGGAGUCAAAGUCAUCCCAGAAGCAGUCAAAAUGAAUAAAGAUAUAAAAGAAAAAAACAGAAACCAUAGGUCUCAUGGUUCCGUUGAAUAUCACCAAUAUUUGGAGCCUAAAGCGUAUAAGUCUGUAUAUGUGUCCCCAGGACCGACGUACGACCAAGGAGUGACGAUUAAACCAAAUGGAAACAUAGGAUUAGCGUCCUUCAAACCAUCGCCGGAAGAACCUAAAUUGUUUACAGAAGCGAUCCCGAGUAAAACUCGAUAUGUCUACCCGAAACAAUACAGUCAAAUGCAGCACUACGAGUCAGCGAAAGAUAUUGAAGCUUUAAACUCGUUAUUGAACAAGAAUCCACAAGUUCAAGUGUCAGAAUUAAACGCUCUGCUAAGUCCAGGAGCAACAGAACCUAAAGAUGUCCUAGACACUCCAAUCGACUUGUAUUUCUACGCGAAAAACCCUUCAGCAGAAUCACACUCCAAUUAUUACGAUGACCAAUACGCUCAGAUACCUCCAACGUAUGCUAGCGCGUACAUGCCAGGGGUCAAAGAUUACACGCCUAUUACAGAAGAAGUAGACGACAUCGAAAACCCUGAUAAAGAGCCUAAAAUCAAACCGAUUGGCAAACAAACAAUCCUAACUCCUCAAGUUCCUGAAGCCGAAACUACAACCACUAAAAGUAAUAACUACUACAAAGUCGAAGUUGCAAGUCAAAUCAUCAGCUCAGGGUACAGGCCUCAUGACGUCAAGCCUUUUAUUCCUGAAGAAGCAAAAGAGUCUUCACCACACAGUCAACCUCUAGUGUACUAUCUCAAAAAAGGUCCGAAAACCGAAGGAGAUUCAAGCCAAAGAUAUUUGCAUCACAACUCUGAACACCAUGGAGUUCAGCAUCUUUCUGAGGACGGCACAGGGACCUCAGCUUUCGGUGAUGACAAUGUAAGUAUGAAAACCAGAGAUAAAAGAUCGCCUGGCAUAGAGAAACUAAUUCCUUUGACUGAGAAGCCUGCAAUGAAAAAUAAUACCCCCAAAGCUGAGCCUUUAAUAAGACUCAGACCUUUUUAUAAUAAACAAAUAGAAACUUUUCUGACGACCCCGAAUUUCCCGAUAGGUGUCGCGACUGAUUUAAACUACGACUACGAUGAGGCUCCUCGUCAAAAAAUAAGGUCACAGCAUGGUAAAGUCGAAUUUUACGAUGAUGAUGAAUACAAAGAAUAUGGUGACGACUUUAGUUCACCUGACUACGAUUUUGGUACCCCAAAUUUGAAGCAAACCUCUUUAUAUUUCAACAGACCUAGACACAAUUACGCCCCUGCUAUGACUUAUAACCAUAAUUUAGAUUUAACUUCUAGUUAUUCUCAUAAGCUACCUCAAAUUAAGCGUUACCCGCAGUUUUCCAACAAUUUCAGGGGUUUGUAUGGCCAAUCAUUCAGGGGGUAUCAACCUCCAUCCACAAGCUAUGGGGUGCCUCAACUCUAUGAUCAACCUCUCGUAGGCUCAGCUAGCUACGGGGUUCCAAGAUACGGGGUGCCAAAUGUCCAAAACUUGAACCACGUUAUAGAGCCAGUGUACAUGUUAACGGAGUCCCAACUGAAGAACCUUGUAGGUCAAAAUAAUUUGAACAUUCAACACUUAGAUAUAUUUCAGACAUAUCCUUACCAGAAAUAUUCUAGGCCAAAGCCGAAGAAGCGGUAUCCUUACAGGCCAAGGAAUACUAAAAAUCACCUUCAUAAGUUGCAUAAAUUAAUCCAGCUCCACUAUGCCGCCAACUACGAAUUCGGUUACCGUGUGCGCGACGCACACAGCGGCAACGACUUCGGCCACCAAGAAGCGAAACACGGAGACAGCACGAAUGGACGAUACCACGUGCUUUUACCCGACGGGAGGAUGCAGAAGGUGCAAUACUCGGCCGGACCCGAGGGAUUCCACGCGGAUAUAUCCUACGACCAUUUGCAAUAGAGGUUGGUUUGUA